AUUGUCAAUCGAACAUCAAAAUAUUAUACGUAGGUAUAGAAAAGGUUAGGUAUGUUUUGAUGUUAUUUAUCUGAGGAAAUACUUCUUUAUUGUUACAAAAUUGCAACUAACUAAAAUUCUAACUCAAAAUGCCACCAUUGGAAGGAAAUAUCCAAGAUCUGGAUGAGAAAAGCAUACAAAAUAUUGUGAAAUUCGUAUCCGAUGUUAGAACUGGAAAAUUACAAGGCUCCAACAAGAUCGCUGUGGCCACUGUGACACUAUUGGAACAAAUAAUCACAGAGGCGCCAAAUACAAGUGCAUUUUCACUUGUGAACGCAGUGCGCGGGACUGGCCGACGUCUGGCCAAAGCUCUGCCGCAAGAAUUAAUAGCUGCUAACAUGGUGCGCCGUGUGUUGCGUGCUAUACGCGACGAGCAGAGGGCGUUGGCUAACCAGAGCAGCGAAUAUUCCGGCGAAUCUCUCCAACGCCUUGUGUUGGCGGCGUCCAGUCGACGCGCGACUCUACCGUCGAAUCAUGACCUAAGGGAGCCUAUUAGGGACCACAUAGCCGAGCUUCUAGCGGAACUAGAGUCAAGUACCUCAUCAAUAUGCGGUCAAGCGAAAGAGCACAUACACGCAGACGAAGUAAUUCUAACGUAUGGCGCUAGUGUAUUAGUGGAGAAGUUUAUAAAAUCGUCCGGCACAAGUAAAGUGAAGCUGGUCGUUGUGGAGGGGCCGCAGGUUGCUGAGGCGGCAGCAAUGGCGGCCCGUCUCAGCGCGCUCGGUGUCAACGUGACGUAUGUCAAUGGCGCUGCUGUUGGCGCGCUAAUGCCGAGAGUUAAUAAGGUGGUAGUGGGGGUUAGAGCAGCCCUCGCGGGGGGUGCGGUUUUGGGGGAGGGGGGGCUCCUAGCAGUUACAACGGCUGCGAGACAUUAUAGCGUGCCGGUGGUGGUACUAUCGCCGCUAUACAAGAUGUCACCACUGUACUCGUGUAACCACACGCACUUCAACGAACUAGCCCCGCCCUACACUGCACUACCGUAUAUGAGUGGGGAGAGCGCAGUGACGCAGGUGUUCGCGCCGAUGUAUGAUUUUGUGCCGCACGACCAUGUCACAUUGUUUGUUACUAACUUAGGAGGCAGUUCUCCAUCUUAUAUUUAUCGUCUCCUGUCAGAGUUGUACGAUCCAAAUGAUUAUCAAAUUUAAAUGGAGAGCUUGUAAAUAAAAUAUAUUAUUGGAAA